AUGGGUAUCGCGGAAGUGCCGACGGGGGCUGUGUCUCCUAAACGAGGUCACACGCACGAUGCAGAGGAAGUGUACUACUUUUUAAGUGGGAAGGGAACCGUUAACGUCGACGGUGUGGAAACAGAUGUUGGACCUGGUACAUCAGUAUGGAUACCUGCAAAUGCUGAACAUUUUUGUCACAACACGGGUGCAGAGCCGUUGAAGCUAUUGCAAGAACUUUCUUCUUAUGACUGGACGAACCUAUUAAAUCAACAGCCGGAUGUUUCGACAAAGGUUUCAGCGUGGACAAAAAAAAUUUUAAAAAUAGCAGAUAAAAUUAUACCAAACAAACUUGUGACGGUUUCAUCAAAAGAUGCAUCCUGGUUUAACAGUGAACUACAAGCUAUGUUAAAACGACGUGACAUACUCUAUAAAAAAUAUUCACAACCACUACAUCCAUCGCCUCAUGCUUAUCAAGCUUACUUAAAUUCAGCUAAACAGUUUGAGGAAGCAUGUAAUACAACAAAGAAAAAGUAUUUUGAUAAACAAUCUGCUGAGCUUAAUCAUUCUUCUAAAAAAUGGUGGAGUUUUCUUAAACACGCGGUAGGCAAACACAGUCAAUCUUCUACUCCUUCACUGAUAGACAAUAUUUCUAAUAAUACAGUUACAAAACCGAUUGAUAAGGCAAAUUUAUUGAACAAACAUUUUACUAGCGUUUGUACAGCAUUAAAGCAAAAUCAUACCUUUCCUGUUUUGACAAAAACGCGUAUAAAAAUGUCAAUUUUUCAUAUUUAUAAAACAGAAGUAUAUGAACUCUUAUCAAAAAUAGACACUUCAAAAGCAAGUUCACCCGGUAUAACUAACCGCAUGAUUAGAGAAGCAGCUAUCUCUGUUGCACCAAUAUUAACAUAUCUAUUCAAUGAAUCUUUAGACACUGGACAAUUUUCUACCUCUUGGAAGCUGGGAUAUAUUUGUCCUCUGUAUAAAUCUGGGGAUUCCCAAUUAACCUCUAAUUACCGUCCAAUAACUCUCUUGAAUUCUGUAUCUAAAAUAUUCGAGCGUAUCAUCUUUAAACAUCUUUACGGCUUUUUGAGUAAAUAUAGUUUCU